GGCUUGGGGGCAUAUGCUUUGCAAACAAACCAAGAUUCGGGAGGGGGCAAAGGAAAAAACGAAAAAAAAAACCAAGAUUUCCCCAUCACUCUCAGUCGAACAAUAGACGCCCCAUUUCCUCUUUUUCUUUCUUCGAUCCCCACAACAUCCUCUGUACGGUCACGAAUGGAGUCCUUACAGAGCCGAGUAGAGUCAUGGAUCAGAGACCAGCGGGCCAAGAUCCCCAAGGUCUCGUGGGGGCCUCUGCAAUGGCGGAUGCGGUGGCCGUGGAACAACAACGACAGGGAGCAGAGGAAAAGGAUCCAGGAAGAGUACGAGCGCCGGAAGAAGCAGCUCCAUCAACUCUGCCGCGCACUCAAGGCCGAGUCCGUCUCGGACUUGCAGGACAUUCUCUGCUGCAUGGUCCUGUCCGAGUGUGUUUACAAGAGACCUGCUGCUGAGUUGGUUCGAGCUGUAAAUAAAUUUAAGGCUGACUUUGGAGGGCAUGUUGUUUCUUUGGAACGUGUGCAACCUUCUUCAGAUCAUGUUCUUCACAGGUAUUUGUUGGCAGAAGCAGGUGACACUUUAUUUGCUUCCUUCAUUGGAACAAAGCAGUAUAAGGAUGUCAUGGCUGAUGCAAAUAUACUGCAAGGUGCUAUAUUUCAUGAGGAUGCCAUGGAAGAUGCUGAGGAAAUUGAAACUGUUAAAUCUGAACAACAUGAAAGUCGAAAGGGAAAUUUGGUGUGGAAUCCCCUUGAAUCAAAAUCUAAGCAAUUAAAAGAUAAAUCUAAACCUGCUGCCCAUCGGGGUUUUUUGGCUCGUGCUAAAGGGAUACCUGCUUUGGAGUUAUACAGGCUUGCUCAGAAGAAGAAGCGAAAGCUUGUAUUGUGUGGACAUUCACUUGGUGGAGCAGUAGCAGCAUUAGCUACUCUUGCCAUUUUGAGGGUCAUAGCUGCUUCAUCAUCAUCUAAGGAAAGUGAACAGGUUUUAGUUAAAUGUAUAACAUUCUCCCAGCCCCCAGUUGGAAAUGCUGCUUUAAGAAAUUAUGUUAAUCGUAAAGGUUGGCAGCAUUAUUUCAAGAGUUACUGCAUUCCAGAAGAUCUGGUGCCUCGCAUCCUUUCUCCAGCAUACUUUCAUCAUUAUAAUGCACAGGCUCUCUCAAUGCCUGCUGAAGCUGAAUCUACUAAUUUAUCAAAGUUAAAACGUGAGGAGGGGAUAGAGAACGAUGGGGAGCAGUUGGUUUUGGGGUUGGGUCCUGUACAGAGUUCAUUUUGGAGACUUUCAAAGCUUGUUCCUUUGGAGAGUGUAAAGAGACAGUUCAAGAAAUAUACAGGAAAACGAGUUGACUCUGUAGAAACGUCUUCAUUAGCUAAUUCUGUUGCAACAACUUUGGCUGAAGAUGAAGUAGUUGAACCACAGUCUCUCGAAAUCCAAGAGGGUUCAGAUGGCAUUUCCCUUAAGCCGUUUCCUGACACUAAUAAAGGGCCCCUGGAUGUAGCAACAAGUGGAAAGGUAGAAGAACAAGGCAGCAUUAAAGGUGGAGAUAGUAGGACCUGGCGCAGAGUGCCUUAUUUACCUUCUUAUGUACCAUUUGGGCAGCUUUAUCUCUUGGAGAAUUCGUCAGUGGAACCACUAUCAGGUGCAGAGUAUUCAAAGUUGACAUCGACAUUUUCAGGUCAGAUCUGUCAUUGCGGAAUUAAGGGAACGCUUUCAAUCACAUUCCAUGAAGUCAUAUCGGUCUCGAUUUCAGAGCUUUGUCUUUUGUGCAGAAUCUUUGACCUGUGCAUGAGUGAUAGUCCUUCAUCUUUCUUAGGAAUCGAGCAACUGCCUCAGUUUCCACACCUACAACAGUGGCUUGGUCUUUCGGUUGCAGGCACUGUAGAGCUUGGGCAUAUUGUUGAGUCUCCUGUUAUUCGCACGGCGACUUCAAUUGCUCCUCUUGGAUGGAAUGGAGCACCUGGUGAGAAGAAUGGAGAACCUUUGAAAGUUGAUAUCACUGGAUUUGGGUUGCAUCUCUGUACACUGGUUCACGCUCAAGUGAAUGGUAACUGGUGUGCUACUAGAGUGGAAUCCUUUCCUUCAGCGACUUAUUCUUCAAAUUAUGACGCAGAACCCGAAUUGCAAAAAAUGCGAGUUUUAGUUGAUGCGCCAUUGAGAAGGCCACCAAAUCCUCAGAUCAUGGCAGAUACAUUGAUUCCCAUGUUUCCUUCCAUUGAUUCAGAUGCUGCCAAUCUCAAUCAUGAAAAAACUUCAGGAUUAUUUAGUGAUGAAAAAUUUAUCCGUCCUGAAGGUUUAAGUGAUUUUUUCAUAUUCUGCACCAGUGAUUUUGCUACAGUCUCUAAACAGGUUCAUGUCAGAACUCGUAGGGUCCAAUUGCUUGGCCUUGAGGGUGCUGGUAAAACUUCUCUUCUUAAAGCAAUACUCGGUCAAAGCAAAGUAAACACUUUCGCCAAUAUUGAGAAUAUGCUCCUUGACGCUGAUGUUCAAGAGGGGAUUGCUGGUGGUUUAUGCUACUGUGAUUCAGCAGGGGUAAAUUUGCAGGAUCUGAAUAGGGAGAUUUCUCAUUUCAAGGAUGAACUAUGGAUGGGAAUUCGUGACCUAAGUCGGAAGACAGAUUUGAUUGUUCUUGUGCAUAACCUGUCCCAUAAAAUACCUCGAUACAAUCACUCAGAUGUGUCACAACAAAAGCCAGUCCUUUCACUUCUGUUGGAUGAGGCCAAAUCGCUGGGAAUCCCUUGGGUCCUUGCCAUAACAAAUAAAUUUUCUGUCAGUGCACAUCAGCAAAAAGCUGCAGUUGAUGCUGUUGUGCAGGCAUACCAAGUGUCUUUGAGCACAACUGGAGUUAUCAAUUCCUGUCCAUAUGUUAUGCCCGGUGCUGCAAGUGCUUCUUUGUCCUUGGGUGCAACUGGUGGAGAUUCUGAUGGGAGGGUGGGAGCUCAAAAGUUUCUUUUUGCCCCAAUUAAUCUUGUUCGAAGGCCUUUCCAGAAGAAAGAUAUUGUCCUUCCGGUGGAGGGUGUCACCUCCCUCUGUCAGCUAGUCCACUGCGUGCUUCGGAGCCAUGAGGAGGCGUCUUUCCAGGAACUUGGUAGAGAUAGACUUCUGGUGGAAUUGGCACGAGAACGCUCGAUGGUAAUGGAUGCAAGAGGAGAUUCUCAAGCCAAGGCAUCCUCGUUAACGGCUGCAGCUGUGGGUGCUUCCGUUGGUGCUGGUCUUGGCAUUGUUUUGGCUGUUGUCAUGGGUGCAGCAUCUGCCUUGAGGAAGCCCUGAGAAACUGCAUUUGUUUUCCCCAUAUUUCCAUGUAUACAUCUUUCAAGAUCUGAGAGUUGGAUAGAAUGUUCCCUUGCUGUUUCCAUUAGCGGCCAUUUUUGUAUUUAGAGUUAAAAUUAUCUUAGGUUCCUCUAGCAGAUGGCCCUAUUCUAUGUAAUAAUGUGUAGGCAAAGAGCUUGCUUAGGCGUCUUUUUAAAGUUCAUAUUUUUAUCUAAACCCUACCUUCUGUCCUGGAUGUACAGAUUGUAUAUUUUGGUAGUCCAUUACAAUGUCAUCUAUUAUUUCAAGAAUUUAUAUAACAUAAUAUGGAUUUGAGUAUAUUGUUU